CGGUAAUGACGUGCACGGGUGGGACGGUGGGAGAAGCGGAGCCGCUCUGAAUGAUGCUAGUGAACUGUGGGUCCGUCCGUGAAGAGGCCCAGCUUUGCGGGAAGGUGGGUCGAGCCUGCCCUGGGACAGGAUCCUGCUGCAGGCCGAAAACUACAUUUCCCAGCAUCCUCAUGGUGCCAGAACUACCUUGCCCGAAAGCCUGAGCGUGAUUCAUCGAACCUUUCGCCUCCUCCCCCCAACCCGAAAACUGGGGACAUGUGGGGUCGCUGUGUCUGGCGGCUCCUGCGUUCUGAAGGCAGCGGGGGUCGCCGGCUUUCAACCCGCCGCGGGCGUUUCUCGCCGGCCCUGCGGAGAGAUUUCUUAACCACCACAACCAAGGAAGGAUAUGAUAUGAGGCGAGUGGACAUAACUCCUUUAGAACAAAGGAAGUUAACUUUUGAUACCCAUGCAUUGGUUCAGGACUUGGAAACUCAUGGAUUUGACAAAGCACAAGCAAAAACUCUUGUGUCAUUAUUGACGACUUUAUCAAAUGUCAGCCUGGAUAGUAUCUAUAAGGAGAUGGUCACUCAAGCUCAACAGGAAAUAACAGUACAACAGCUAAUGGCUCAUUUGGACUCCAUCAGGAAAGACAUGGUCAUCCUAGAGAAAAGUGAAUUUGCAAAUCUGAGAGCAGAGAACGAGAAAAUGAAAAUUGAAUUAGAACAAGUUAAGCAACAACUGAUAAAUGAAACCAGUCGAAUCAGAGCAGAUAAUAAACUGGACAUCAACCUAGAAAGGAGCAGAGUAACAGAUAUGUUUACAGAUCAAGAAAAGAAACUUAUGGAAACAACCACAGAAUUUACCAAAAAGGAUACCAAAACCAACAGUAUUAUUUCAGAAACCAGUAAUAAAAUUGACACUGAAAUUGCUUCUUUAAAAACUCUGAUGGAGUCUAACAAGCUUGAGACAAUUCGUUAUCUGGCAGCCUCAGUGUUUACUUGCCUAGCGAUAGCGCUGGGAUUUUAUAGACUCUGGAAAAAGGAGUGACACGGCUAUGUUGUGCUCUUCCUGCUGCUGUUGACUCCUUAGAACGCCACGCCAGGAGAGAUUGACUUUGAACGUUGAAAGUUGCAGUAGAAACUUAAUACAAAAACAUUAUUCAAAGUACAUAUGGACUAAAAAGAAAUCUUUUAGAAUGGGAAGAUGUAUUU